AAAAUUAACUGAUAUCAAAAUGGAUAGAUACGUAACUGAAACUUUAGCCACCUACAUAAUCGAAAGAGGUGAAUAUUCAAUGUUUAAGAAGAAAUUCAAACUUUCUAUUACAAACGAUGACCUUCUUUUCUUCAAAGAUAAAGACUCCUCAGAGAUACGAAGGAAAGUACCCAUCAAGAAUGUCUCUGGGCUUUCUAAAUAAAAACAAGAAAAGCUCAAAGUCCCUCCUCGUACAUAUCAGAGGGGAAGGCGAUGAAUUCUUUUACACAAAGGAUCGUGACGAUAUUAUGGAUUUGUUAAAGCGUCUCUAUGCAUACUUGAUGAAGCAAAAUCUCCCUGUUUUUGCCCCUGCCAAAUCUAAAUUAAUCUAUUAUUGCACAACUCAAGAGGAAGGGGAGCAAGGACUCACUAGAAUGCCUGACAAGCAGUAUGCUCUUCCUGAUGAGAAGAUCCUAGAGGGCGAUACAGAGCAGGAGCCUGAUUCUCCCAGUAUUCCUGAAACUGAUUUUGAUGAGAUACCCUCCAGACAGCCAUCAAGACAUGAUCCUGGAUAUGCCAAGUACUACAACAAUGAAGAUUUCUUGAAGAAGCAGCAGGACGAACUCAAGGAUGGCAAAGUAAAGAGGAUUAUGAAGGCUAGACUGGUCAAGAACUCCUACACCGAAGAUGAUACACGGGAGUAUAAGUACAACACACAUGCAAUUAAGGCUCCUCAUGUGACAAAGUUCAAGAAAUGGUCAUCUGAAGAUGCGCCUCACUCUUUCGAAUCAGAGAAGCUUCAUGAUGAUGUGAGAACUUUUGAGGGAAGGAAGCGCAGACUUCAUGUAGCUGAAGACACCCACAAAAGAUCACCUUACAAAGAGAACUUAGUUGAGUACGAAGAAGAGAAAGUUGAAGUAAUCUAUGAAGAAAUUGAAGACUCCGAUGAAACUCCUAAAUGUCGCACAGAUGUCUCCUUAGACGAUUUCCGUGUUAAAAAAGUCAUCGACAAGGGCUCCUUUGGUGAAGUCUUUCUGACGGAAUACCUCCCUGACGGGAAGAAAUAUGCAAUGAAGAGGAUCAAGAAAUCCAUUCUGACCGAUAGAAGUUUAAAGGAAAGUACCGAAAAUGAAAAAGAGAUCCUGAUGAAUCUUACCCAUCCCUUUUUGCUCACGAUGUCUUACUUGAUCGAGAAUGAAAAGAGGUAUUAUUUCUUCUUAGAGUACAUCUCUGGAGGAAAUAUGUAUAAGAAUAUGUUCAAAGUGAAAAGAUUCGAAGAAGAAGCAGUCAAGUUCUAUGUCGCCCAACUCGCCUUAGGCCUUGCUUACUUACAUGAAAACAACCUUGUCCACAGAGAUCUUAAGCUUGAAAACAUUCUUGUAGGGAAAGAUGGGUACAUCAAACUAUGAGAUUUUGGAUUGGCAAAAUUACUCAGCAUAAGCCAUGAGAUAACCUAUACUUUUUGAGGAACUACAGAAUACCUUGCACCAGAGAUAGUAUCCAAUGCUGGCCAUAGCUACUCUGUUGAUUGGUGGACACUUGGGAUCAUCUCCUAUGAGCUAUGCUGCGGUAGGACUCCUUUCUUUCACAAGAACCCUCAUAUGGUCACAAAGCUGAUCAAGAGGGGGAAGUUGAUAUUCCCUGAUCCAACCAGACACAAGAUAUACAUGAGUGCAGAUAUGCAGGACUUCAUCACCCAGCUCCUCUCUCGUGAUCCUGAAAAGAGACUCGGCCACGGAGGCAGCAAGGAAGUUCUUAAUCAUCCAUGGCUAGAUAGUGUGAAGUGGGAUAAAUUGAAGCAAAAGAAGAUAAGCCCUCCUUAUUAUCCUGAGUGCGAUUAACUUAGUGAGGUAGUAAUGAAAC